GCUGAUCUUUCCAUAUACCCCGUGAUCCCAAAACAACAUAACAAAGUAAGGGGAAACAUGGCGAGCGUAGAGGAGGCCAGAAGACGCCCCUCCAUAACCUCCUCCUCCUCCGUCGGCCUGGAGGACCUGUUCCCCGCCGGGGCUUCGGAGCAGGCCUGCGGGGACGGGGACCCGGAGCUGGGGCGCCUGCGGGAGCGUCUCCAGGCUUGGCUUUCGCAGUACGAGCCCCUGCUGCUGUGGGUGCAGAGGCUGCUGGUGUGGGAGAGGCCGCUCUACAGCAUCUCUGCCGCCCUGACGCUCAACACAUUAUUCUGGCUCCUGUCCUCCACCUCCCUGAGGCCCCUGUUCCUGCUGAGCGUGUCCCUGCUGGGACUAAUGCUUCUGGAGAGAUGGAAGCCAAAGCUGCCCAUCAUUACUGUUCAACAUGUAGAUGCUCCCCUCGUCCAAAGUGAAACCAUGCGUUCCGAGCAGCGUCUGCUCAGUAUUCCCGAGCUGAGCCACCACCUCGCCGAGAGCUACCUGACCUGCUGCCUGUACAUGCAGGAGAUGCUACAGUACAAGCAGCAGAACCACGGCAAGUUCUGUGCAACGAUGUGUAGUGGCUGUUUUGUGCUCGGCGUGGUGGGACAUUACGUUCCAGGAAUCAUGAUCUCUUAUAUCAUAGUCCUGAGCGUCCUGCUGUGGCCACUGGUGGUGUACCACGAACUGAUACAGAGGAUGUACACGGGCUUGGAGCCCAUCCUGAUGAAACUGGACUACAGCAUGAAGGGAGAAACCGAGCACCGCCACCAUGACAAGAGAAAGGUAAAGAAGGAAGUGGAGGAGGGAGACGAGCCCAGAGCGGAAACCGAGAGUGAGAGUGAAGAGGAGGAGGAAUUGUCCUGUUUUGCUCCAACGGUGGAUGUGAAAACUACAGCUCUGGCCAUGGCCAUCACUGACUCGGAGCUGUCUGAUGAAGAAGCGUCCAUCUUGGAGAGUGGAGGCUUCUCGGUGUCCAGAGCCACCACUCCUCAGCUCACCGACUUGUCUGAAGAUUUAGACCAGCAGAGCUUCCACUGUGACCCAGAGGAGGCCUAUCUGCGGGACCUCCCUGAGUUCCCCUCGGUUGAGGAGUUCCCGUCCAUUGAGCACAGUCUGCUUCACUUUCCUUUGCGGGGCCCAGGUCAGGCAGACGGAGCCCAAGCGGGGGCCCAGCCCGAGGGGGAACCACUGAGCCCCGCCAGCCUCCUCAUCCAGCACCUGGCGUCCCCUCUGCACUUUGUGAACACACAUUUUAACGGACACGGCCGACCGCCCGGGGGGGAGGAGGCCACGCUGUCCGCUCCGGGCGCCCGGGAGGAAGCCGGGAGGCAGGAGGGGGAGGAGGAGGCAGCCGCGGUGCCCCACGGGGCGCAGCGCUCCUUGGAGGCGCUGAGCGAGGAGAUAGUGAGCACCGCCAUCUCCACCGUGGUCCAGAACACUCUGUCGGCCCUGCUGCGCUCCAGCGAGGCCAGCGAGGAGCCCACCCUGGCCGAGUUCCUCCCCACCGAAACCCCGCCCUGUGCUCUGGAGACCCCCGCCCAGUCUGCCGACGCCCCCGCUGACACUACCGCGGCUACAGCAGGACGGCCGGGUCCUGGCGAGCACCCGGAGGAGGCGGGCGCCGCCGCGGCAGCAGCCGGCCCCGGAGACCAGUUCCCCGGAGACCAGUUCCCUGGAGACCAGUUCCCCGGAGACCAGUUCCCCGGAGACGAGUAUCCUGAUGACACGCUAGUUCCCACCGAGGAGGAGGACUUUGAGCUUUUGGACCAAAGUGAAUUGGAGCAGGUGGAUGAGGGGCUGGACCUCGGCUCUGACAGACGGGUGGGGGGGGGGGCUCCAGACGCACCCCCGUCGCCUCAACACCCUCAGUCAUAG